CCAUUGAAUGUAAAUGAAGUGGGUUGGAUCGUUGUUGAUCUGAGAUGAAGUAGCUAACAGGGUUUGGACUCAGCACCCCCAUGGAAUGAAUGGGGAAGAUGAGGUCUUUGUCUCUCUGCAGAACAGACGCGAUUGAUUCCUUUCAAAUCUUUUCAUAUGGCGAGUGACACACAGGAGAGAAAUGGGUUUAAUGAGCAUGUGCUGUCGCUUGUCAGUGUGCUCAAGCUAUUGUUAUUAUAUGACCCAACACCGCCGUUUCCACACACAAAAGCCAGGAAAGAAGAUUCAAACGCCCUUUCAGUUUGCAGAUAAUGAUGGAGAAAGCCUGUCAUUCCGCUGCUAAUCUCUCCUCCUCCUCAUCCUCCAUCUCCACCACCACCUCCGCCUCCUCCUCCUCCUCCUCCACCACCACCGUCAUCGCUGCGGAUGAUCACUCUUUGACUCCUGCUGCGGCUGCUGAUGCUUGUACUGCUGGCGGCGGUGGCAGCAGCAGCUCGGCCAGCAACACCAAGACAAGCAGCAAUAGCUCACUUAGGUCACUCAACAGAGCCUCCUACAAGAUCUCCAAACCGCUAACCAGAAGCCCUAAUCCUGCAGCUGCAUCGACUGCUGCUGCUGCUCCGGGUCCGGCGGCGGCGGCGGCGGCGACGGGGGCGAGCGUUGGUAGCGGCGGGGGAGCUCCGCCGUACCAGCCGCAGCCGCCGGUGUACAACAUCGACAAGAACAACUUCCGCGACAUCGUCCAGAAGCUCACCGGGUCGCCUGCGCACCAUCAGACCCGUCCCCCGCCUGCGGAGCUGCCGCCGCCACGUCCCCCCCUUGCCGUCCCACCCGUGGCCACGUCUGUCGCCGCCGCCCCGACCUCCCGCCUCCACCGCAUACGCCCGCCGCCGCUAGCCCACCUCGCCCCCCGCCUUCCGGCCCUCGCCCCGCCUCCGCCCCUGCCUGCCGUGGAACCCUGGACGCGGCCCCCGCUGUCACCUCUCCCACCACUCCCGACCGUCAGCGCCGCGGCAGAGUCACCGAUCUCGGCCUACAUGCGUCGCCUCCGCGGCGGUGGCGGCCUUCCGUGCCUGGCCCCAUCUCCAGCAGUUGCGCCGGCGCUGCCGCCGCCGAGCUCGCCGCUAGGUUUCGGAUGCCUGCUGUCGCCACGGACGGCGUACCAGAUGAUGAUGGCUGCGCCGGGGUUGGGGCUGCCGACCUCUCCAGGGGUACAGCUGCCGAGCCCGAGGUUGGGAGAUCCCUGAAGCAGAUGACUCACAUCGUUUCGUGCUCGUUACCGGUCGUCAAGGUACUCCAUGUCUUAGCCGGAGGUGCGCCGCAGUUGCAAAUUGUUAUGUGAUUUCAUAUGCUUUUUAUGUACAUCAAAACACACCUGCUUUGAUCAGCAUUGGUGUGAGGGGCAGAAAUACAUACAUGUCCUCGAUGCCAACCAACAUGAUUAUAUGUUAGGUUUGAUUCCA